AUGGAAGAAGGAUGUCUAAAAAAAGAUAAACAAAAUCAGAAACAGAAAAAUGAGAACGUAAAUGAACAGAAUAGAAAUGAAAAUAAACUAGUCGAACAGAGUAAAGGAAGAACCGAAAGACAUGAUGACGUUAAUGAUAAAGAAGUUGAAAACCAUGAAGUAGAAUCAGAAACUGCAUAUGGCAAUAAAUAUGUUAAUAAUGAAAUUAAACAAAUUGUUUGUCAUAUAAUAACUACGAACUAUACUACUUAUUAUGGAUCUACAAUUUCCAAAGAUAAUCAAAUUUCACAAAAUACAAUCGCACAAAAUGAAGAGACAGCAUCAUUAGAUGGUAUCGAAAGCAAUGAAAAACUGAGUAAACAUGGAUUUAAAUAUCGAAACAAAACAACAAUACUAUUCCAUACGCAUGCGCUAAAGUAUUAG